AUGACUCGUAGGGGAGCGCGGAGCUCGUUUCCGUUGUCCGGGGCAGUGUUUUUCUGUUAAGGCAGAGUGUUUUUUGGGGUGGUGGCUGAUCGGUUCACGACCUCCAGUUACGGAGUAGUCAGUGUCGGGAUUCAAGUUUAAAUAGAGUUAGAGCCGACUUUGUAAGCACCCGAACGCUCUUGGCCAGCGGGCUAGCCAGAUACGGUUGUAAUCGUUUUUUUAUUUCAUUUCACGAUUUUUUGGGGGGGAAAUAAGUUUGCACAAAAGAGUGGUCUACAUCUAUUACCAGCUAACGCCGGCAAGUGAGAAGCGUUCCAGUUUAGCACAGAUCCAUGCAGGCCAUUAAGUGUGUGGUUGUGGGAGACGGGGCGGUGGGUAAAACAUGCCUGCUGAUCAGCUACACCACCAAUGCAUUCCCUGGAGAAUACAUUCCAACAGUGUUUGAUAACUAUUCUGCCAAUGUGAUGGUGGAUGGGAAGCCAGUGAACCUGGGAUUGUGGGAUACAGCAGGACAGGAAGACUAUGACAGGCUCCGCCCACUGUCCUACCCACAGACGGAUGUGUUCUUGAUCUGUUUCUCGCUUGUGAGCCCUGCCUCGUUUGAAAACGUCCGUGCCAAGUGGUACCCAGAGGUCAGACAUCACUGUCCCAACACUCCCAUCAUCCUCGUAGGCACCAAGUUGGACCUGAGAGAUGACAAGGACACCAUUGAGAAGCUGAAGGAGAAGAAGCUAACCCCUAUCACAUACCCCCAGGGCCUGGCCAUGGCCAAAGAGAUUGGUGCUGUGAAGUACCUGGAGUGCUCGGCCCUGACGCAGCGUGGCCUUAAGACGGUGUUUGAUGAAGCCAUCCGGGCAGUACUCUGCCCCCCGCCGGUCAAGAGGAAGAAGAGGAAGUGCAAGCUGCUGUAGAGAGACGCCCAAGCUUGCUGGGGGGAGUG